GUGAGAGCACAUUCAAACCUGUGAGGACGAGAGAGAGACAGUCACACACAGAGAGAGAGAAAUGGUAUUAAACUGGAAAACAGAUCUGCUGACAUAACACCAUGGACUCUGAAUCUGUGGACAGAUGUAUCCAAAAGGUUCUGUCCUCACUCUACCCACCCUUCCAGGCCACAUCAGCAACUGUCCUCUGUCAGGUCCUCAGUGUGGUGGACUGCUGCUAUAGAGGAGACGGCAUCCGCUGUCUCCUGGACUUCCUGUUACCUGCCAAGUUCCUGUUGGAGGCGCUGCAGCAGCACCGUGUGCAGUCCUGUGAUGAAGGUUGGCCUCUGUGCAUGCAGGAGAAGUUAGUCGUCCAUCUCUGUCCUGUGGACCAGCGUCUUCUUCUACCAGGUGACUUCUACCUGUUGGUGUCUCCACCUCUUGGAGCCCACAGCGCCUCCUGCAGGAGCAGCGUGUCCUCGUCACCCUGCCUGCUCCUGUGCAGCAUGUCAGAGGGUUGCGGUCAUGUGGAGCAGCAGGAGGUGGCCGAGGUAGCGCUGCACUCUCUCUUCAGCGUGGCCUGGCUGGACUCGGUGAACAGGGAGAGGGAGCAGCGCGGAGUGUCCACGCUGCGGUGCUGCGUCCUCGCCGCCAACCGCCACAUCUUCAGGGUUCCCUGGGAGGAUGUGGUCUACCCACAGCUGCUCAGCUGCUCCCAGUCCCAUGCUUCCACCAUGGACCAGAAGGAGUCACAUGAUGAGAAUAAAGACGUUCACUCCUGGAGACGGGAGGAUGUUAAACCCCACCUCUCCACAAAAGCCAACCAAUCAGAAAUGAGUAGUGAGUCUGAGGACUUGGAGGGGGAGUACGUGGAGCUGAUGGAGCUGACGGAGCUGACACAGCUGAAGGAGCUGAAGGAGCUGACGGAGCUGAAGAAGCUGACGCUGCCUUCAUUCUCACCACAGAGAGGUUCAUCAACGCAGGAGCUCAGCCAACAACUCCGAGCCAGGAGCAGCACACACACACACACACCUGACAACCCACACACAACAAACACACACCCCUCCAGGCUCUGUGAGGUCAUGGAGGAAAUGAUCACCCAAGACUCCUGUAUCCGCACCUCCUCCUCGUCUUUUGCUCCUCCUGAAGUCACAGGAACCUCCUCACAGGAACAAACAUCAGGGACUGAAGUUGUGGCACUUAGAGAGGAAGAGGGAGGGCUGAACAAGGAGGAGGAACAUGUGUCAGGUGAUGAGGUUGUAGAGAGGGAGGAGGAGGAGGUGAAGAGUGAAGAGGAAGGUCAGCUCAGUCAAGAGAGGAAGAAGAAGCAAGUGAUGAAAGGAAAAGAAGAUGAAGAAGAGAGAACAAAAUGUAUCAACACUGCUGAGCACUCUUAUUGUGAAAAUACUAUAAAACCCACUAAGGACUCUUUUUAUGAAAAUACUGUAAAACACACUCAGGACUCUUAUUGUGAAAAUACUAUAAAACCCACUCUGGACUCUUAUUGUGAAAAGCUUCUACCACCUCCUCUCUUAGAACUUGAAGAAUCAAUCAGAGCAGUGAGCGUCUCCUCAUCACAACUGAAGACAGAAGUGUGUGUGGAGGAGCAGAAGGAGCUCAGCUGUAAAGAAAAGGAAGAGAAGAAGGCGCACAGCUGUGAAGAAGAGGAGGAGCAGAAGGAGCACAGCUGUGAAGAAAAGGAGGAGAAGAAGGAGCAGAAGGAGCACAGCUGUGAAGAAGAGGAAGAGCAGAAGAAGCAAAGCUCUGACAAGUUAGUUGGAGAAGGAGGAGCAGAUCUUCAGACUGAAGGUCUCACCACUGUUUCUUCUGGUGACCAAUCACAUCUCAGAGUGUUCAACAGCCCAACACAACAACAACAACUGCUCCAUCAAUCAGCUGCCGCCUCUGUCUCAAAGUCACUUUCCCAGUUGUCUCAGUGUCUCCAGUCCUCCCAGUCCAGCUUCUAUGGCGUGCUGCUGAGCUCUGGCGCCCUCUGUCUGCCUGGAACCACUGACAGAAAUGGGCGGCCUCUGGUGACGGUCAACACCUGGAGCUCUGUGUGGUCCAACUCUGAGUGUGAGGGGGCGGAGCUGCUCCGCCUCCUCCUCUACUACAGCUCCACCCUCAGGGAGGAAGUGCGAGCAUUGGGGCUGACGGUGCUGGUGGACGCACGCAGAGCUGCUCCAGGCCCCGCCCUCUACUCCGCCCUCAUGUCCCUGCAGGAUCAGACUCCAGGCUCUGUCCACACCGUGUUGUUGCUGGUCAACAGAGACAAUUCAUGUGUGCGUGUGGACAAACCCACAAUCUCACAGUUGCAGGUGCAGGUGUUGACGUCUCUGAAGUCUCUCCACAGACAGGUAGCACUGCAGCAGCUUCCUACAGAGUUAGGAGGCUCCUUCAGCUUCAGUCAGAGCAGCUGGCUCUGCUUCAGAUCGAGAGUGGAACAGUUGACCCGUCAGUGUGAUGAUGUCAUCAACCUGCUGCAGAAAACCAUCAACAUCCUGGAGACCACACCCCCUCCUGCUUCUGCUCAGGAGGCGGAGCUGCUCUUGUCCCGCUUCAAAGAGGUGAUGCGUGGUGUCCUUGAAGACAGUCGCCUGGUGCGGUUACAGCAGAAGGGCGGGGCCUCUCUGUCAUGGCUGCAUAGAGAGGUGAGAGAUGCGUGGCAGGUGGAGGUGGAGGCGGUGUCGUCUCUGUACAAUCAGGUGGACGAGCUGCUCCACCAUCUCGUCACUCUGUCCAACACCAGGACGCAGCAGCUCAGCUUCAUCCUGGACUUCAGAGGCCUGGAGGACAGAUUCACUGAGGUGAGCAUGUGGCUGCAGGGGGCGGAGCCUCGUCUGAAGAGUUUGAGUCAAACAGAAGAUUCUCUGCAGCUCGUCAUCAACAAACAACAACAGUUCAAAGAGUUCAGCACCAUUGCUUAUGAGUACUGUAAACGUGGCGAAGAGUUGCUGACUCACCUGGAGCGCUGGGAGGGCGUGUCAUCAGCUGACCUCCAUGCCUACAAGGUCAAAGUUCACUCUCUUUGGGCUCAGCUUCAGGACUUCUCUCAGCGAGUCAAUGACACGGGUCAGAACAUUGAGCGGGCCGUUCAACUAUACACCUUCUUAGACCAGGUGUAUGGCUGGGCGUUUGCCGGCCUGCGACACCUCGCUGGCAUCAGUAUGGACGAGUGCUCGCUGCCCGACACGUGUCAGGCUGUGAUUGGCUCCCUGCAGGACUACCAGAGCCUACACCCACCAAUCACAGACGCCCGUUUCCAGGAGAUGAGGGUGGAGGCUGAGGAGCUGCGGGGAGAGCUAGGCGUCCGUCAGUGGAGCUUCGCCUCGUCCAAGUUUCAGGAGACCAAGAAGAUGUUUGACAGGAAGAUGGAGGCUGCACUCAGGACUCGAGACUCCACCCAGAGAAGAUGCUCUGACCCAGCCCCCCGCACAAGCUCCACCUCCUCCAGGAAGAAGAUUUCAUCAGGAUUGUGGGGCAUCCGUGACUCCUCCUCUUCCUCCUAUCCCUUGGAAGUGGACACCAACACCUCACCUCCUAGUUGCUCCUCCCUCCUGCUCCCCCUCACUUCCCCAUUCUCUACUCCACAGCAUACACAGCUCCUCCCACAGCUCGAAUCCUCCCCCUCCUUCUCCUCCAGCAGGCGGCAGCAGCUCAGGAAGACACAGAGCUUUGAUGGCCCGCCCCCUGAGACGCCGCGGUACGACCCCUGUUCUCGAGCCCUCAGCGAGCCGCUGCGCAGAGGAAACACGGGUGUGUUCAUUCGCGGCCUGGAGGUCAGCGGCACCGAGGCUGCUGACCUCACACUCUGCCCCAGGAUGGCAACACACAGCUGGGCGGCGCCAGUAGGGCACGGCACGCCCACUGCAGACCCCAGACCCAAGGGAAGUAAACUGCGUCACAUGGUGGAGGAGAUGGUGACCACAGAGCGUGAAUAUGUGCGCUCACUGCGUUACAUCAUCCAUCACUACUUUCCUGAGAUGGAGCGAGUGGACCUUCCUCAGGACCUGAGAGGGAAACGCUCCGUGGUCUUUGGGAACCUGGAGAAACUUCUGGACUUUCACAGUCAGUUCUUCCUCAGAGAGCUGGAGUCGUGCUGGAGACACCCGCUCCGAGUGUCUCACUGCUUCCUGAGACAUCAGCAGCAGUUUGCCCUCUACGCUCUCUACAGUAAGAACAAACCAAAGUCUGAUGCUCUGCUGUUGAACCAUGGAAACUUCUUCAGGUGGAAACAGCUGCAGCUGGGUGAUAAGAUGGAUUUGUUGUCGUACCUGCUGAAGCCCAUUCAGAGAAUGAGUAAAUAUGCGCUGCUGCUCGAUGACAUCAUCAAGGAGGUGGGCGUGACCCAGGAGGCGGAGCUUAAUGCGCUGCAGGCUGCCACCAACUUGGUCAAGUUUCAGCUUCGCCACGGCAACGACCUGCUGGCAAUGGACGCCAUCCGAGACUGUGAUGUGAAUCUUAAGGAGCAGGGUCAGCUGAUCCGUCAGGAUGAGUUCACGGUGUGGAGUGGGCGGAGGAAGUGUCAGCGUCACGUCUUCCUGUUCGAGGAGCUCGUUCUCUUCAGUAAACACAAGAAGAUGGAGGGAGGUCUGGACGUGUUCAUCUACAAACACUCCUUCAAGAGCGCAGAUGUGGGUCUGACGGAGUCGAGCGGUGACAGCGGGCUCAGGUUUGAGAUCUGGUUCAGAAGGAGGACGUCCAAGAACCAGACCUUCAUCCUACAGUCCACCUCACUGGACAUCAAACACGCCUGGACCAGUGACAUCACACGCAUCCUGUGGACGCAGGCCACCAGGAACAAAGAGAUGCGUAUGAAGGAGAUGGUAUCGAUGGGCGUCGGCAGUAAACCGUUUCUGGACAUUCAGCCGAGCGACGCAGCCAUCAGUGACCGAGCUGUGGAUUACAUCAUGAAGAGCAGAGGUGCUCGGACACGAGCGUCCAUUGCUGUAUCUGUCUUGGAUGUGAACACAUUUAAACGAGGACUAGUGACCUCUGACCCCAGGUCAACAGGCCCCUCCUCUUCCUCGUCAAGUCUGCUGGGUUCUCUCAACUUGCACAUGUUCAGCCAAUCCCUGUCCUCUGCUGCUGACAGCUCCUUCAUAACUUCCUGUGUGGAGGAAGACGAACAGGAACUAGAGACGAGCAGUCAGCCGUCCAUGACCACAGAAAGUUCUGGAUCAUCGUCUCGUUGUCUCUCUGGUUCCACUGGCUCAGACAGCAGCUGUGUCUCCUCCCACCUACAGGAGGAGCCAUGCCCCCUCCACCUCCGCUCCCCCUCCUCUCCAUUCAACAGAGAUCACAUGAUCAUUUCAGCAGAAACAGCUGUUGUCAUCAGUCCAUCGAGCGUCCUGUGAUUCUCACGUUGUUCACCUUAAAGUCGUCACUGCUCGUCAUCUGCAGAAAAUCAGAGGUCGUCGUGUUCCUGCUGCUGUUAUUUAUGU